ACCACUAGCUGUAGCAAUCCUUCUUUGUGGCUGCUGGAGGCUGUCUUGUGGCUGCCGUAGCAUCAACAUCAUCCACAUACACACUACUAUCUGGACACAGGCGUUCCCUCUGCUUGCCUUAUACACACACAUGUCGUGGUGGCCACCAGAGGAGAGGUGGUGACUGACGGGGCUCAGGGGACAGAGGGACACAGGAAGAGGAAACAGGGACGACUGGUGGUAGUGCAAACCAGAGGGGGGCUGGAGCAACGGUGACUGGAGCAGCGGCAGCAACAGUAGCAGCGGCACCAUGGCGCAAGCCGCCAAGCAGCUCCGCAAGACCAAGGACCUUGCGGAGGCCGCCGCCCAGGAGCAGAGGGAGAAGGAGGAGGAAAAGAUAAAAAAGAGGAAUCGAUCCAGGGACCGCAGGCGCAAGGCCGAUGCAGCCACCAGCUUUCUGCGUGCAGCUCGUUCAGGGAACCUGGACAAGGCUCUGGACCACAUCAAGAAUGGAAUCAACAUCAACACAGCUAAUCAAAAUGGUCUCAACGGGUUACACCUGGCCUCUAAAGAAGGUCAUGUUAAAAUGGUCCUGGAGCUACUACAUUCUGGCAUUGAGCUGGAAGCCACCACCAAGAAAGGGAACACAGCUCUCCAUAUUGCAGCGCUAGCAGGGCAGGAGAAAGUGGUGGCGGAGCUCGUCAACUACGGUGCCAACUUAAAUGCCCAGUCACAUAAAGGGUUCAGCCCUCUCUACAUGGCAGCACAGGAGAAUCACUUAGAGGUGGUCAAGUUCCUGCUUGAGAACGGUGCCAAUCAGAGUCUCCCAACCGAGGAUGGCUUCACUCCCCUGGCAGUAGCUCUCCAGCAGGGCCACGAAAACGUUGUGGCACUGCUCAUCAACUAUGGCACCAAGGGCAAGGUCCGCCUCCCCGCACUGCACAUCGCUGCACGUAACGAUGACACACGCACCGCCGCAGUUCUUCUGCAAAACGACCCCAACGCUGAUGUUCUCAGCAAGACCGGUUUCACACCUCUCCAUAUUGCAGCCCACUAUGAGAAUAUGAGCGUAGCCCAGCUGCUGCUGAACAGAGGAGCCAAUGUAAACUUCACCCCCAAGAAUGGCAUCACGCCCCUUCAUAUAGCCUCCAGGAGGGGCAAUGUGAUGAUGGUCAGACUACUGCUGGACAGAGGUGCACAGAUCGAUGCUAAAACUAAGGAUGAGCUGACUCCUCUCCACUGUGCAGCCAGGAAUGGUCAUGUUCGCAUUAUUGAGAUCCUGCUGGAACACGGUGCUCCCAUCCAGGCUAAGACCAAGAACGGUCUGUCCCCCAUCCACAUGGCAGCUCAGGGGGAUCACAUGGACUGCGUCAGGCAGCUACUGCAGUACAAUGCUGAGAUUGAUGAUAUAACACUGGACCAUUUAACCCCUCUUCAUGUAGCAGCCCACUGUGGUCACCAUCGGAUGGCCAAAGUCCUACUGGACAAGGGGGCCAAAGCCAAUGCACGUGCUCUGAAUGGCUUCACACCUCUCCAUAUUGCUUGCAAGAAGAACCACAUGCGGUCCAUGGACCUGCUGCUUAAGCACUCCGCUUCCCUAGAAGCUGUCACAGAGUCUGGUCUCACUCCUCUUCAUGUAGCAGCAUUCAUGGGCCAUCUGAACAUAGUGAAGAACCUGCUUCAGAGAGGGGCUUCACCUAAUGCUUCCAAUGUGAAAGUGGAGACUCCCCUCCACAUGGCCUCCAGAGCAGGACACUGUGAAGUUGCUCAGUUCCUGCUGCAGAACGCAGCACAAGUGGACGCCAGGGCUAAGGAUGACCAGACACCCCUACACUGUGCGGCUCGUAUGGGCCACAAGGAGCUUGUCAAGCUGCUCCUUGAGCACAAGGCCAACCCAGACUCAGCUACAACUGCAGGCCACACACCUUUACACAUCUCUGCGCGUGAAGGACAUAUCCACACUAUUCGAAUCUUGUUGGAUGCUGGGGCACAGCAGAUCAAGAUGACAAAGAAAGGCUUCACUCCCCUCCAUGUGGCCUGUAAAUAUGGGAAGGUGGACGUGGCUGAGCUCCUUCUGGAGCGAGGAGCCAACCCUAAUGCAGCUGGGAAGGUGAGACAUUCUGUGCUUCCUGUAGUUCAUCACAACAACCUGGAUGUUGUUAAACUCCUGGUCAGCAAGGGAGGAUCUGCACACAGCACUGCCCGAAAUGGCUACACUGCCCUGCACAUAGCGGCCAAGCAGAACCAGAUGGAGGUGGCCAGUUGUCUGCUGCAGAAUGGGGCAACACCCAACGUGGAGUCCCUCCAAGGCAUCACGCCCCUGCACCUGGCUGCACAGGAAGGGCGGCCCGACAUUGUGGCCUUGCUCAUCUCUAAACAGGCCAAUGUGAAUCUGGGAAACAAGAAUGGAUUGACCCCUCUUCAUCUUGUGGCUCAAGAAGGUCACGUGGGAAUCGCAGACACAUUGGUCAAACAAGGAGCCUCCGUUUAUGCUGCUUCACGGAUGGGCUACACACCCCUUCAUGUGGCCUGUCACUAUGGCAACAUCAAGAUGGUGAAGUUCCUUCUGCAGCAGCAGGCUCAUGUGAAUAGCAAGACAAGGAAUGGGACAUCUCCCCUGGGUAUUGCUAAGCGGCUUGGUUACAUCUCUGUCAUUGAUGUGCUGAAACUGGUUACCGAGGAGUCGGUCUCUGCGAUCACUACAGAGAAGCAUCGGAUGAGUUUUCCUGAGACAGUGGAUGAGAUUUUGGAUGUUUCAGAGGAUGAAGGGGUUGCCCAGCUAACUUUAGGAGACGAGUUGCUCGGGAUGGAUGGAGCACGCUAUUUGAAGCUUGAUGACUUCAAGGACCAGGACGAUGACUUCCUCUCCCCGAAGAAAACACUUAGAGACUUUGAGGGUGGCAUGGGUACCACGCCAUAUUCUCCUGCUAUUCCCAGGAUCCCUUGUGUGUCCCCAGAGACUGUAUUACUGGAUCAGCACACCCCCAUCCCCUUGCCAAAGGAGUAUGACGAAGACUCUCUUAUCCCAAGCAGUCCGGCUACAGAGACUUCAGACAACGUCAGCCCUGUGGCCAGCCCCAUUCACACUGGCUUUCUGGUGAGUUUCAUGGUGGACGCUCGGGGAGGCUCCAUGCGAGGUAGCAGACACCACGGCCUGCGAGUUAUCAUUCCUCCUCGAACCUGCACUGCCCCAACACGCAUCACCUGCCGCCUGGUCAAACCUCAGAAACUGACCACGCCUCCUCCGCUGGUGGAGGGGGAGGGCCUUGCUAGCCGUAUCAUCUCCCUAGGGCCGUCCAGUAUGCAGUUUCUUGGGCCUGUAAUAGUGGAAAUCCCCCACUUUGCGUCACUAGGCCGAGGGGACCGGGAGCUGGUGGUCCUCCGCAGUGAAAAUGGCUCGGUCUGGAAGGAACAUCGCAAUCGCUAUGGUGACGAAGUGCUGGAAACCAUUCUGAAUGGCAUGGAUGAAGACUUGGAGAGUCAGGACGAGCUGGAGAAGAAGAGAAUUCGUCGGAUCAUCUCCACCGACUUCCCCCUCUACUUCGCUGUGGUCUCCCGCAUUCAGCAAGAGAGUGAUCUGAUUGGCCCAGAAGGCGGCCGGCUGACCAGUAAGCUUGUGCCCCACGUCGAGGCCAUCUUCCCAGAGACGGCUGUCACCAAGAGAGUGAGACUGGGACUGCAGGCGCAGCCAAUCCCUGAUGAACUGCUGACUCGGCAUCUUGGUAACCAGGCGACCUUCAGCCCAGUGGUUACCAUCGAGCCACGCCGACGCAAAUUUCACCGUCCAAUCGGGUUGCGCAUCCCUUUGCCACCAUCCUGGAGGGAGAGUCCUCGGGAUGCUGGGGAGGGUGAUACCACCAGCCUGCGCCUCCUCUGCAGUGUCAUUGGUGGCACAGCACCAGCUCAGUGGGAGGAUAUCACUGGAACCACUAAGCUGAUGUACGCCAACAACUGUGCCAACUUUACCACCAAUGUUUCUGCAAGAUUCUGGCUGGCGGACUGUCCACGCACGGCAGAGGCAGUGACCUUUGCCAAUUUGCUGUACCGGGAGCUGAUGUCUGUUCCAUAUAUGGCCAAGUUUGUUAUUUUCGCCAAGAUGAAUGAGGCGCGCGAGGGACGCUUGCGUUGUUACUGCAUGACAGACGACAAGAUGGACAAAACACUGGAGCUGCACGAAAACUUCACCGAAGUGGCCCGCAGUCGAGACAUUGAGCUGAUGGAGGGCAUGCCGCUGCAUCUUGAGUGUUCUGGGAACCUUGUACCCAUCAGGAAGGCCACUCAGCAGCCUCGCAGCUUCAGCUUCCAGGCCUUCAGAGAUAACAGGCUGCCUGUCUCUGUCAAGGUCAGAGAUAGUAACAAGGAAGCCGCUGGGUUUUUGUCCUUUCUGCGGAAAUGCACCAAGUACGAGGACACACAGCAUGUACUGUGUAACCUUAACAUAACCAUGCCACCAUGUGUCAAGGUUGUCGGGAGUGAGGAGCGCAGACGAACUUUAACCCCCCUCGCCCUGAGGGAACGCUACAGUGCGCUGAACGAGCCUGGUGUGGCCACAGUGAAUGCCAUGGAGAGGACUGAGAUCAAGAUCAACAUCAUAUCUGAACAGCUGGGUUUGAGCUGGGCAGAGUUGGCACGUGAGCUUCAGUUUGGCGUGGAUGACAUCAAUAGGAUCCGUGUGGAGAAUCCCAACUCUCUGCUGGACCAAAGCUCUGCUCUGCUCAGCCUGUGGGCCAGCAGAGAAGGCAGAAGAGCCAAGAUGGAGAGCCUGUACACCGCUCUGAAAAACAUUGAUCGUGCAGACAUUGUGACCUCUCUGGAGGGUCAGGCUCCACAGCCGGCACCUGGGUCUUUGGAGGAGGGCGCCUGUCGACUUAGCGACCGCGACUCCUCCCUGCUGUCCCCCAGUGUCCUCAAUGAGGUCACGGACACAAGGCCACCGCGGCUAGUGCACAAGCCACGAGUUAUUAGACCCCCGUUUUUCAGAAGGGGUUAUGGGCUGGUGCAGGAGGAGCUGCUGUCCCCGGCCUCCAUGCAGUACAGCUUGCCCUCUCCGCUUGGCGCGGAGCCCUACUGGCAGGAAGUUUCCAGCCUCGAGUGCGCCCCCAUCGCCACCACCGAGGAAGAUACAUUAAUGGAGAUGUCGGACGUUCAGGUGUGGCCAGCAGGGGUCAGUCCCUCGCUGGUUACAGUGGAGGACUCGUCACUCGAUGGCAGCAGUCGGGCUGACGACUCAGAGGGCGCCACGCUCUCCCUUCCCUGCAGCUUGGGUCGCCCGAGCAGCGGGGCCAGCGGGGCCAGCGGCUCCAUCAUGGAGCUGGAGGAAGAGGAAGAGGAGGAGGAGGAGGAAGGGGAGGUUGAGGAGGAGGAGGCACCACAGGAGCCAGCAACUGCACUGGCAGACAGGGACAGGGUGAGGGCCAGUGGUGCCGUCCCCAAGGUCAACCUAAACGGCCAGCUGGGAGGUCAGAGGUCGGAUGGGAGGAGAGGGGAGGCCCUCGCAACAGGAGGAGGAGCAAAAGGGGGAGGUGGAGGUGUAGGGCUGGGUUCAGUGGAAGGGAUUUCUGUUGUUGCAGGCCAGCAGGUGUAUGCCCAGCGGUGUGAGACGUCGGGACUGAGUCGGGCUGCGGAGCACAAUGGAGAUAACCGAGUGCUGGGAGGCGGAGCAUUUCAACCCUACUUACCAGACAAGGACUCCCUGCAGGGCUGGGUGGGCUCGGUGUCAUCAGGACGUGACGUGCCAGGCUUGCGCGUGGCCCAGGAGGCUCUGCUGACACCGAGAGAGGAGAAAGAGGACUAUGCUGCUGAGGCGCAGUAUGUUUCUGAACACUCAAACGUGCUCGCUCGAAAGGUGGGGGUGGAUGUGAGAAAGGGUGCUCAGUCAGUGCAGCGCACCAGUCUGCGGAGAGUUAAACACUGAAAUACACAUACUGCCCAGUCCUCCAGGACCGGAAAGCCACUGCCAAAUCAUCCUCCACAAAAACACAACCAGACCGCAGAGGAAAAUGAGCAAGGAAGGAGAGUAAGAGUAAGACAAAGACUAAGAAGUGCAAACUACAAAAUGACAAACACAGAAUCAUCCUCAACGUGUGACCAUGGAGCACCACGAAAGAAAACAGAGACAGAGGAGAAAAAAAAGAGGAGUUCAACUUGUAGUUUUAUAACAUUUGUAAAGAAAAAUAUCAACUAGA